AUGAAUGGUGGAUUUGGCAUGAGAAAAGAUCUCACUCGAGUUUCAAACCCCCUAGAAUGUUCUCUUUGUCAGAGAAUCUUCUUCACACCUCAAGACCUAAUCACACACACCAACACUUUUCACUCCAAUCAUCAUUACUCCAACUUCUCAUCAUCUGCCGCUGCCCCCGCACCUGCCACCUUCCGCCACUACCCGAACCUUAACCGUAACCCUAAUCCUGCUUUCCCGGCAAUGAAUAGUUCUGACUUGAACAAUUACCGUAGUGGUCCUACAGAUGAACAAGGGAGGCUUCUCAAAGGAUCUGCGGCAAUGACUCCGGCUAGAAACACUAACGUUUUGUUUGGGCAGCAGGAGAAGCCGAAGCUGAUGUAUCUCUUUCCGACGAUGCCAUCGGAAGGCUUACGUACGCUUCCGCUUCUUAGCCAGCUGGAGGAACGGACACCGCAGGAUACUGCGACGGAGCAAGGCGGGGCCAUCUCGAGUUCCAUCGACUUGACGUUAAGGCUGGGUUUUUCUUGA